AUGCACCUCAAAAACUUAGCCCUUCUCUCUUUCCUCUCUACACUUGCAGCUGCAAGUACUCUGAACGUCACAGUCCUCGGCGCAGAAAACAACGUAUCGACCCUCGAAUGCUGGGCUUUGAAGCCCGGCUUCGAUACCUCAACCGAAUCUGGCACAGCAGGCUCCAAGUCGCUCAAUCUUGGACCCCUUGAUGGAAAGAAUGCAGGCAACUCUACCUAUUCAAUAAUCCCCGGUCACUUUGAUGGUGGAAGACAUAAUGCGCCAGCAAAUCAAUGGGUGGUUUUCCUCUCGGGAUUAGCCCACAUUACUCUUCCUAACUCCACAGCCGAAGCCUGGGUUACCGGCGGCAAGCAUGGGGCCAUUCUGGCUUUGGAUACGGUUGAUGUGAGUGGAUGGGGGCAUAUAACUCGGUACCCCUCAAACGAGACGACUGUUGUGUUUGAGAUUCCAUUGGGCGAGGAAGGUGUUCCUGGUCAUAAGGUUUUGUACCAAGGAGCUUGCCAGGGAGCUGAAUUGUCUGAUUAA